AUGAAAGGAUUAACUGAUCGUGUUGGGCGGAUCGAAGCAACGGUGGAUUUGUUGGCGACUAAGGGUAAGAAUCUUUUUGACAAUAAGAAUAAUUUUAAAACUGCUUUUAACACUGCAGAUGCUAAAAACGGUUAUGAGAUGAGACCAGAAUUUACUAGCUCCUUUGCAUCUUCAGAUAAUCGUCGUGAAGCUCGUGCUGCAUACACUCCUCCACAAAGCGGAAUAUUUGGUGGUCGUGAUGAUCAAACGAUCAUCGUUAAAGGAUUUGACUUUUGCCUUCCUGAGUUUCAUAUCAAGAGCUUAUUGACUCAUUAUUUCAGUUCAUGUGGAGUGGUUAUAAGCGUUGUUAUUCCAACAGACCAAGAAACCGGUGCGGCCAUAGGAUGUGCUUACAUUCGUCUAAUGGAAGGCGUAGAGAAUGCUUUGAAACUUAGUGGAACUUACUUGAGAGGAUGGAAACUUGUAGUUGAAAAGGCUACACCGUUAAGUGACGUUGGUGGCCGUUUUGAUCCUUCAGGCAGAGGAGGUGGUUGGGCUUAUCCCUACCGUUGUAACGGUCUCGGCCAUUGUUCCACCUGUUGA